ACUGUGCGCCAUUUUGGAAGAAAAAAAAAUCACGGAUAAUUUCCGUGGUCUUGACAGAUCUGGAUCCCGAGUCUUCACACUGAUUGUGGAUGCUAUCUCUUUCUCUGAGCAAGCCGCAUUGGUUGGUUAGAUAUUUUGAAGCUGUAUACAUCAAGAGCUGCUAAAUGAAGCAAUGGCGGGAGUUGCAGGAGGAAAUGAUUUUCAGUGGUGUUUCUCUCAAGUGAAAGGAGCCAUAGAUGAAGAUGUUGCGGAAGCGGACAUAAUUUCAACAGUUGAGUUCAACUAUUCUGGAGAAUUACUUGCAACUGGAGACAAAGGAGGCCGAGUAGUGAUAUUUCAACAUGAACAAGAGUCUAAGAAUCGUCCACAUCUGCGUGGGGAGUACAAUGUCUAUAGCACUUUUCAGAGUCAUGAGCCAGAAUUUGACUAUUUGAAAAGUUUAGAAAUUGAGGAAAAAAUUAAUAAAAUAAGAUGGCUACCCCAACAAAAUGCUGCUCACUUUCUACUUUCAACCAAUGAUAAAACUAUCAAAUUGUGGAAAAUAAGUGAACGAGAUAAACGAGCAGAAGGUUACAACCUGAAAGAUGAGGAUGGACGACUCAGAGACCCCUUUAGAAUCACCUCUUUACGGGUACCAGUACUGAUGCCAAUGGAUCUCAUGGUAGAAGCAAGCCCCCGGAGGAUCUUUGCAAAUGCGCACACCUAUCACAUUAAUUCCAUUUCUGUAAAUAGUGAUCAUGAAACUUACCUCUCUGCAGAUGACCUAAGAAUAAAUCUAUGGCACUUGGAAAUCACAGACAGAAGUUUUAAUAUUGUAGACAUCAAGCCCGCCAACAUGGAGGAACUGACAGAAGUAAUCACAGCUGCUGAGUGCCAUCCACACCAAUGCAAUGUAUUUGUGUACAGCAGUAGCAAAGGCACCAUUCGCCUGUGUGACAUGCGAGCAGCGGCACUCUGCGAUAGGCACUCAAAAUUCUUUGAGGAACCUGAAGAUCCAAGCAGCCGGUCCUUUUUUUCUGAGAUCAUCUCUUCCAUCUCAGACGUGAAGUUCAGUCACAGCGGACGCUACAUGAUGACACGUGACUACCUCUCCGUCAAAGUUUGGGACCUAAACAUGGAGAACAGGCCAGUAGAGACGUAUCAGGUCCAUGAAUACCUUCGCAGUAAACUCUGCUCUUUGUAUGAAAAUGACUGCAUCUUUGACAAGUUUGAGUGCUGCUGGAAUGGCAGUGACAGUGCCAUCAUGACCGGAUCCUACAACAACUUCUUCCGAAUGUUUGACCGCAACACCCGGCGGGACAUCACACUGGAGGCGUCCCGGGAGAGCAGCAAACCACGGGCUACGCUCAAACCACGUAAAGUGUCCACCGGAGGCAAGAGGAAGAAGGAUGAGAUCAGCGUGGACAGCCUGGACUUCAACAAGAAGAUCCUCCACACUGCCUGGCACCCCAAAGAUAAUGUGAUAGCUGUGGCAGCCACCAACAACUUGUACAUUUUCCAGGACAAAAUCAACUAGAAGAUUUGGGGCUCCAGAGGAUAGGGCUUUUACCGUACCUGUGUAGUUAAGCCUACUACUUGUCUAUCUGUAUAAGAAGAAACAGCCUUGUUGUCCUCCUGGUGAAGAAUUCGAAAGCACGUGUCUACUUUUUUUGCCACAGGAGGUUGAUCCAUAGGCCUGUUUUAUUUUGAGUCUGAGCUUAGGUUGAUUUUUGCCUUUGGCACCAGGGCAAUCAACAUGCCCCUUGACCCAGAAAGCCCAAUUUGGGUCUAAUUGACGGAAUGGCACUCCCUCGAGGUCAAACUCUUGAACGUUGGUGUUUGUGUUGACAUUUUAAGCCUUCAUUUCACAAUUUAACGACAGAACUCUUGGAAGUCCGUAAAAUGACGUCUUGUCAAGGUUGUAUCCAUCUUUCAAAGAUUUUGGGCCCUCUGAAGCACGGAUUUAUGGCCUAUAAGCCUAACUGUAACAUUCCCCCAUUGGCUAUGUAUUCAGGCCAAACUACUGGUGGAAAAGGCCAUGAAUUUGGAAAGUGGACUUGUUUCUUUUUCUCCCUUCCCUUCUCUUAUUUUACCCGUCAAUAAGGUGACAUAAUUUCACUGACUGUAUCUACUCAAGUACACCCUGUCAUCCACAUAAUAAAAGAAACUAAAACUA